AAUUGUGCCAAGUGUGGGAAACCAGUAUAUUUUGCUGAAAGAAAAACAUCCCUUGGUGUACACUGGCAUCCCAAUUGUUUAAGAUGUGAGAAAUGUCAACGAGUAUUAGUCCCAGGAAAACAUGCAGAGCAUAAAAGUUUACCAUAUUGUCAUAAUCCCUGUUACAUGGCUCUUUAUGGACCGAAACUUGUUGGAUAUGGA